AUGUCCUUCACGUCUAUUCCGAUCCUGGACUUUGCUGCGGCUCGGGAUCCGGCUACAAAGCCUCAGUUUCUACAGGAGCUUCGUCAUGCGCUGAUGGAAGUUGGGUUUCUGUAUCUGAAGAAUGUCGGCAUCUCGGAUGAUUUGUUUCAAAGGGUUAUCGAACUUGGUAAAAGCUUCUUUGACAUUCCCGAGGAGGAGAAACUCAAGAUUGAAAUGAAGAAUGCGGCCUCUUUUCUUGGAUACUCACGUCUAUCAGCGGAGAUCACCGCUGGAGAGAUUGACCACCGGGAACAAAUCGACCUAUCCACUGAGCAUCCAAUUCCCAAGCCUGGAUCUCCUUUGUAUCGCAAUUUGUUAGCACCCAACCAAUGGCCAUCCGAGGACUCACUGCCCGACUUCCGCAAGGUUUAUACAGAGUAUAUGGAUCAAAUGGGCAAUGUUUCAAUUCAGUUCACAUCUCUUAUCGCCGAAGCCAUUGACCUCCCCAGCGACGCCUUUAACAAGUACUUCGACGAGGAUCAGCAGCACAAGCUCAAGAUUGUCAAGUACCCCGAUGCUAAAGAACUUGGCAUCGAAGGCGACGUGCGCGGCCAGGGCGUAGGGCCUCACAAGGAUAGUAUGCUCUCGAGCUAUCUCCUACAAGCAACGUCGCACAAGGGUCUUCAGGUACAGAACGUCCGCGGCCAGUGGAUAGACUGCGAGCCGAUCCCAGGCACACUCGUCGUGGCCAUUGGGCAGGGCCUGGAGGCGCUUACACAAGGCGUCUGUGUCUCAACAACACAUCGUGUGCUCUCUCCCGCCGCUGGCUCAGGCGCGCGCUUCUCGAUCCCUUUCUUCCAGGGCGUGCGCAUGAGCGCCGAGUUCGAAGAUCUCGAGAAGGUAGGCGUCGGUCUUGUGCCAGAGGAGGUGAGGGAGCAGCGUCGCAAGAUCGUAGAGCGCAACGGCGGACGCAUCGACGAUGUUGAGUUUACUUUCCGUGCGGGCGGCAUUUCAAAGACACUUGGCGAGGCAACGCUGCGGAAUCGUGUCAAGAGCCAUCCCGACGUCGGAGAGCGCUGGUAUCCUGAUAUUCUGGCUAGUAUCCGCGAAGAAGAGGCGAGGGUAAGGCAGCAUAAGGACUCUACAGCGCCAGCGGUGGAAGCGCCUCCCAAGGCUGUGGAGGCUCAUUAA